CGUGAAUGCUGUGUAUUUGUGAGCUCUUGAAUCUCGAAGCUUCGAUCUAAUGGCGGCGGGGACAAUGGCGACCGCCGCCGGAGCAGCCGUGAUUCUGUACUACAUGUUCGGCCGGAGAGCUGCCUCGAAAGACGGCUCUGAGGAGGAAGACGACGACAGCGGGAGCGGUGACUUCUCCAAGUCGAGAUCGUUGAGGCGGAGGCUUUCAAGGCGGCCGGCUCAGGCGCCGGCCACGUGGAUCGAGUCAAUGUCCACCUUGUCCGAUACGCUGCGUUUCACUUACUCCGAGACUCUAGGGAAAUGGCCGAUCGGCGACUUGGCGUUUGGUAUUAACUACCUCAUGCGUAGGCAGGGUAAUUUACAAGUGGCGAGUGUGUAUGCUGGUAGUGACAGUGUGCAGCUCAGAGGGUCUAAGAUUAUUGAGGAGCUAAAUUAUUACUUGAAGCUGUUGACGCUUUGUUAUUUGUUUUCCAAGAAACCAUUUCCGGUGUUUUUAGAGUCCGGCGGUUUCUCCAUGGAGGAUGUUCUUUUUCAGAAGCCCAAAGCUGCGCUUCUGAAGCCUGCAUUCACAAUUCUACGUGAUAAAGAUUCAAAAUGCUUCCUUUUGUUAAUACGUGGUACUCAUAGCAUCAAAGACACACUAACUGCUGCAACCGGUGCAGUGGCCCCUUUUCACCAUUCGGUUCUGCAUGAUGGUGGAAUAAGCAACUUAGUCCUAGGAUAUGCUCACUGUGGGAUGGUUGCUGCAGCCCGUUGGAUUGCUAAGCUCAGUACUCCUUGCUUGCUUAAGGCUCUUGGUGAAUACCCCGAGUAUACAGUAAAGGUUGUUGGACAUUCACUGGGGGGUGGUACAGCUGCUUUAUUAACAUACAUUCUUCGGGAACAGAGAGAAUUCUCUUCAACUACUUGCAUUACAUUUGCUCCAGCUGCCUGCAUAACAAUGGAGUUGGCAGAAUCUGGCAAGCACUUCAUCACUACUAUCAUCAAUGGCUCUGACCUGGUGCCUACAUUCUCAGCAGCUUCUGUUGAUGACCUCCGCACUGAGGUCACAGCUUCAUCAUGGUUAAAUGAUUUGCGGGAUCAGGUUGAGCGUACACGGGUUUUAAAUGUUGUUUAUCGCUCAGCAACCGCUCUGGGUUCUCAUCUACCCUCUAUAGCUAGUGCAAAAGCCAGGGUUGCUGGUGCAGGUGCACUAUUGAGGCCAGUAUCCAGCAGUACUCAGGUUGUGAUGAAGCGUGCACAAAAUGUUGCCCUAGCUGUUGUUAGAACCCGUUCAUCUAUAUCGUCUUGGUCUUGCAUGGGUGCACGUCGCCGUAAUGUGGGUCAGUCACUUAACACUAACAUGGGUGAUUCGCUUGAAACUUCUGUGGUAUGUGAAAGGGUUUCUGAAUCUCUGGUCGAAGAAACAACCACUGACCCAAUGCUGGACAAUAUGGAGUGUAGUUCUGGUGGAUCAGGUCAUGAUGAUACUGAUGAAGAGGAGCAGCUUUUGCCAGUGCAUGAAGAUCCAACCACAUCUGCUGUCGAAGACAUUACUGAAGGUGAAUUGUGGUAUGAACUGGAGAAGGAGCUUAAAAGGCAGGGGAAUGAAAUCAAUGUUGAGGCCGCGGAGGAAGAAGCUGCUGCAGUUAAAGAAAUAACUGAGGAAGAAAAUAUGCUGGUUGAUGUUGCAGAAAGCAAUACACCAAUCUCUUCCUCAGAUAUUUCAGAGAGCCACCGUUUCUACCCCCCUGGCAGAAUCAUGCACAUUGUUUCAGUAACUUCAUCCGAUUCUCCUGAUUUAGAACAUGAUGGACCGACUGAAGAGCAUGUUGGUAUAUAUGAGACACGUAGAGAACUGUACAGUAAGCUCCGACUUUCUAGAACGAUGAUCAAUGAUCACUAUAUGCCUAUGUAUAAGAAAAUGAUGGAAUUGUUGAUUAGAGAACUGGAAAAGGAAGAAGCAAAUAGUUCUGUCAUGUAAAGUGAACCAUCUCAGUAGACCAAUAUAUAUGUUACAUGCCCUACAUGAUUUUAGAGUGAA